AGACCAGCAUGCCUGAGUUUUUCCGCAGCUGUGGAAAAGAUAACUCCAGUCCCUGCCUGGGACGUGCUGCAGCCCGGGUUGGUAUCUAAGAGCACAGGAAGACGACAGAGCAGCAGCAGCAAUCAAACGCCCUGCAGUUUGUUGCAAGAUGUUUCUGCUGCUCUUGCUGCGCCUGCCGACACCAGCCCCUGCAGGGGAGAUGCCAGGCUGCAGAAUAAUGUCCGUGUUUCACUCCGGAUCGUCUCAUCCUCUUGGGGGACAGGAAAGGGAAAUGACUGCAGUAGCAGCGGCUCAGGAGCCAGUGACCUUUGAGGAGGUGGCUGUGUAUUUCACCGAGGAGGAGUGGGCUCUGCUGGACCCGGGUCAGAGAGCCCUCUACAGGGACGUCAUGCAGGAGAAUUAUGAGAAUGUGACCUCGCUGGCAGGAUUUCCGAUUCCCAAACCUGAAGUGAUCUCCCAGCUGGAAAGGGGAGAAGAACCAUGGCUUACGGAUCUCCAGGGCUCAGAGGAAAGGGGAAUCCUGAGAUAUAGCCAUGCAGCUGAUGGGAUCAAGAUUGAGCAUGAAGAGGUAAAUCCUCAGCUGGGAGGUCUUGAGCAAGUGGAACAGCAUGGGACACUAUUAGGAAGAUCCAAAGGAAACAUCUGUUGGAGUGUUGGGCAAGGUAAAACCUGUGAGAGUCAGUGUAGCACAGAGAGGCUGCUGGGAAACCAGCCAGUGAAGAAAGUGGAUAAAUCCACUAAUUGUGGGAGAGGUCUGAAGCACCUCAAGAAAACCAGAGUCCAGAGGAUCCACCUGGGAGAGAGACCAAGCACAUGCAGUGAGUGUGGGAAAAGCUUCAGUAGUCAUUCACACCUUCUUAUACAUCAAAGAAUCCACACAGGAGAAAAGCCCUAUAAAUGCCCCCAGUGCGGGAAGAGCUUCAACCAGAGCCCAAACCUGGUUACACAUCUAAGAAUCCACACUGGAGAGCGACCUUAUAAAUGCCAGGAAUGCGGGAAAAGCUUCACUGCAAAUUCCACCUUUAUUAAACACCAGAGAAUCCACACAGGAGAAAAACCCUAUAAAUGCCCCGACUGCGGAAGAAGCUUCAAUCAGAGCUCAGAUCUUAUUAGACAUCAGAGACUCCAUACUGGAGAGAAGCCCUUUAGCUGCCCCGACUGUGGGAAAAAAUCCAGUGACAGCUCAGCCCUUAUUGUACAUCAGAGAAUCCACACGGGAGAGAGACCCUAUCGAUGCCCUGUCUGUGGAAAAGGCUUCACUUGCUCUUCACAUCUGAUAACGCAUCAGAGAACCCACACAGGAGAAAAACCGUAUAAAUGUCCUUACUGUAGGCAAAGGUGUCGUGUAAAAUCAGCCCUUAUUAUACACCAGAGAAUCCACACAGGAGAGAGACCAUAUAAGUGCCCUGACUGUGGGAAGACCUUUAGCAGCCGUUCACAUCUUAAUUCUCAUCAGAGAAUCCACAAGAGAGAAAUAAAAACCACAUGCACCAAGUGCGGGAAAAACUUCAAACAGAGAUCAGACCUAAUUAGACAUGAGAGAAUCCACACAGGAGAGAAACCCUAUAACUGUCCCAACUGUGGGAAAAGCUUCAACAAUAGCUCAGCCCUUACUUUACAUCAGAAAACCCAUACAGGAGAGAGACCGUAUAAGUGCCUCAACUGUGGGAAAAACUUCACUCGCAGCUCACGCCUCAUUGAACAUCAGAGAUUCCACACAGGAGAGAAACCCUAUAAAUGCCUCGACUGCGGGAAAAGUUUCAGUGUGAACUCAGCCCUCAUUAGACAUCGGAGAGUGCACACAGGAGAGAAGCCUUAUAAAUGCCCUGACUGUGAUAAAAGGUUCAAUGUGAGUUCGUCCCUUAAAACACAUCGGAGAAUCCAUACGGGCGAGAGACCCUAUAGAUGCCCCGACUGUGGGAAAAGCUUCAAGGAGAGAUCAAGCCUUAUUAACCAUGAGAGAAUCCACACAGGAGAGAGACACUUUAAAUGCCUCGACUGUGGGAAAAACUUCAACCAGAUCUCAGCCCUUCUUCUACAUCAGAGACUUCACACAGAAGAGAGACCCUAUAAAUGCCCCGAUUGUGGGAAAAACUUCCAUGUGAGCUCAGCCCUCAUUAGACAUCAGAGAAUUCACACAGGCGAGAAACCAUAUAAAUGCCUUGAAUGUGGGAAAAGCUUCAAUGUGAUUUCAUCCCUUUGUACACAUCGGAACAUUCACAUGGGAGAGAAACCAUAUAAAUGCCCCGACUGUGGGAAAAGCUUCAGUAUUAGUUCAUCCCUUAUCACACAUCAAAGAAUCCAUACAGAAGAGAGACCCUAUAAAUGCUCCAGCUGUAGGAAAAGCUUUAAUAUUAGCUCAUCCCUGAUUAAACAUCAGAGAAUGCACACAGAAGAGAGACCCUAUAAAUGCUCCAGCUGUAGGAAAAGCUUUAAUAUUAGCUCAUCCCUGAUUAAACAUCAGAGAAUGCACACAGAAGAAAAACCCUAUAAAUGCACCAACUGUGGGAAAAGUUUCAUGCAGAGCUCAUACCUUAUUAAACAUCAGAGAAUCCACAUAGCAGAGACUCCUAUAAAUGCCCGUCAGUAGCCAUAGUAAAAAUAAACCAUUUCCUGAUUUCCCUCCGACAUCAGUGACAUUUGGUUCCCAAAUAUGUGGCUGCCCCUCUCAGGGGUGAGGAUACAGCAGCAGACAAUCCUGAACUGAAGAGUGACUCUGGUUCUGUCUGUCUAGAACACCCCAGGCAGAGCAGAAUACCUGAUCCACUUUGCCUCAUUGCUGCAGGCCCGGCUGCUGAGGUGAUGUGCCUCUCCGCCUUCUACCUGAUGGGCAAAGGAAGAGAAAAGAACUCUGAAAAUUCCCUCUCCCCUUCCCUGCCCUUUCAUGGAGAUUAGCAGAAGAAAACUUGGGCCCCAUAUUCACUCUAGAGACCUGUAUCCAUCUCUCUUCUUCCACCAGCCCAUGAGCUGGGCUCUCACACUUAACUGGAGUUGUUCCCUCAGUGGGGUGUCCCUGAGGGCUGGUAACUCCUUCUCUCCCCAAAUCCCCCAGGGUGCUUCGUUCUCAGGGGAUCAGAUAUUAACAGACCAGGAGGGAUGGGUGUUGGGCAGGUAAUGGAGAAAUUUAAUGUUUGGAGCUGAUGGAGAUGGGAACCAGAAGCAGUCAGAUGCAGAGUGUUGAGGUUUCCAGUGUGUGGGGAUCAUGGAAUAACGAGGGUGGAAAGGGAUGGGAUUAGGAAGGUACUUCUCCUAUAUUUCAGCCCCUCUGCCCCUUUCCCUGUCCUCUCAGUAUUAAGAAAGCAUCACUGAAGGGACACAAGAACUAAGGGUCACAAAAUGAAAUUAAUGUGCAGUAAGUUUAAAACAAACAAAAGGAAGUAUUUGUUCACACAAAGCGUGUGGAACUGUUUGCCAGUUAAUGUUGUGAAGGCUAAGCCUAUAACACAGUUAAAAAAAGAACUAAAUAAAUUCAUGGAGGAUAGGUCCAUCAAUGGCUAUUAGCCAGGAUGCACAGGGAUGGUGUCCCUAGCCUGUUUGCCAGAAGCUGGGAAUGGGCGACAGGGAAUGGAUCACUUGAUGAUUACCUGUUCAUUCCCUCUGGGGCACCUGGCAUUGGCCACUGUCAGAAGACAGGAUACUGGGCUAGAUGGACCUUUGGUGUGAUCCAUUAUGGCCGUUCUUAUAUGAUUUCCAAAGGGACGCGUGGGCCAGGCCCCCUCAGCUUUAGCCUCCAGAAGUUUGUCUCGAGUAAGAAAAGUGGUGAGGGUUAGCUAGUGUGUUUCCCUCUGAUCCUGACCAACUCUCCAGCACUUUCCUUAUCCUUGACCAUGCCUGAACAUCUCCUGUAUAUUGUUGCCUCAUUAGCAGAGUGAUUGAGUCACUCUUAAGAUUAAGUAUGCUCUUUCAGGACAGAGUGACUCAUUUCCAGUUAUUCUCACAUUGAUCUGAAUUGUAGUGAAGAACAUUACUUUUUGUACCCUUUCUUCUAUUUCCAAGAUGUUUAAAUAUAACACAGAGCAGGAGCAGGGCUACAUAAAUGUGUUUUUUUCAGAAACUGUGAUACCUGAAGGUGAUGGGGUGAGUCAAAGGGAUUCCAUUCUUCCCCCAGUGGCAUUGUGAUUCCCCUUUUCCCCCAGCAGCAUUAAACUCUAUGGCUCAGACAGACGCUAUCUUCUCUCAGUGCUACCCCUUCACCUCCCAAAGGGUCACAACAUGAUGUGAAAAUCUAUUUUGAUUUAAACAACGAGUCCAGUGGCACCUUAAAGACGAACAGAUUUAUUUGGGCUUAAGCUAUUUUGAUUUAGAGUCAUCAGAUGUAACAUGCUCUGGGAUUAAAUUUUAUGUGAACUUCA